AUCAUUUUGUUAAAUAAAUAUUUUAUUCGUUAUUCGUUGCUACGAUUGUUUCUAUGUAAUCUAAUUAGAAUUUAUCAACAUACUUUUCUGUUACGUUGCCAUCAGAAGACUGAAUUAUCGAAUUACUAUUAAAGUUUCUUCCAACAAUAGUAUUGUACGAUAUAAACAAUAUUUGAGCGUAAACAUGAACAAGUAACAUAUGUAAUUAUGUACGUACUUAUUUACAUGCACAUAUUAUACAUUUUACUUUGCCAUUUUGUACAUUAUUUCAGCAUUUUUAAAAUGUAAUUACAAUAAUUGACCGUCCUUUAGCCGGCUCGAUUUCAAAUAAAUAAUCUAUACUGUGUAAAUUUGUAAAAUUACUUGAGCUACGUUAAUGUUACAGAUUCUGAUUUGAUGGCGUAGUAGGAAGAUGUACUACGACUUCCUGUUUGAAGUUGUACAUUACAACAAAGAGACAGUGUGGUUAUAUUUUAUAAAGUUUUUUUUUGUAGAGUAUAUAAUGGCGGAUACUACUGCACAGAAGUUUGUCUUACAGGUUCAGGAUUAUAAGGAUUCUCUUAAAACGAAGGCUGAACAACUUCUAUUGAAAGGAUUCCCAGAAAAGAUUGUCAAGUUGAACGAAUUAUUGGAAACACCUGGAUUUUGCAACAGGAAAUUAUCGGAUGUUCAUCAAGAUUUAAAUGUGCCCAUUCCAGACCCUAUACUUCUUAAUCAUUCCGACGAUGAAUCUGCUACGAAGAAGCGAAAGACGGACAAUAAGAUAAACGAUACCAGUGGGACAAAAGUAAUGGUACUACCAAAUGGGCCUGUACCUUGUAAUAAGCCUUUGUGCGAUCUUAUUCGCAUAGUUAAACCUUAUAUUCGGCAACUGUUAGAAGAUUCUAAUUUGUUGAAAAUGUGGAUUUCUUUCUUAAUCCCAAAAAUUGAAGAUGGAAAUAAUUUUGGCGUAUCAAUUCAGGAAGAUACGCUCGCCGAAAUACAAUCUGUCGAGAGCGAAGCUGCUGCGUUCUUUGAUCAGAUAUCUAGGUAUUUUAUCUCGAGAGGCAAGAUCGUUAGUAAAGUCGCAAAGUAUCCGCACAUCAGCGAUUAUAGAAGAGCAGUUCAAGAAUUAGAUGAAAAAGAAUAUGUGAGUUUGUGGCUGGUUAUGUGCGAGGUCCGUAAUCGCUAUUGCUCUCUGCACGAUUUGGUAAUCAAGAAUUUGGAAAAGAUCAAAAAGCCACGUUCUUCCAAUACGCAAGCCUUGUAUUAAACGCUACGCACGCUACCUAUAUCUAAUAAUGUACAGGACGAUAUCGGAAAAAAGUAAAAUGAAAACAUAAGGCGUACACGACAGAGAGGAUGUCAUUCACGAUUUCUUUCGGUAGAAAACUCGAAUUUAUUUGGUUUUUCGAUUGGAUCGCCUUGACGUUGACUCAUCCGUUUGAGCCAUAUUCAAAGCGACUUAAAGCGGCACUACAAGUUAAAAUCGAUGAUAACACUACCAUCUUUAGAAAAAAAAAAGAAAGAAAAGAAAAAAAAA